UUUUAAUCCUGCGUAGCCCACUGUGGACAGGGAAGUAGCCAGACAUGGAGGGCCGAGCACGCAUCCAUGCUCUCACAUGUGUGCCUGCUGACUGUGGCUUGAUCCCAAAGAUUUCAGAACGACCCCUGCUCAUAGCAUUUUGUCAACUGCAUUUGACCGGCGAGUGGAUCGCAACACUACAGUACUCAACUCGUUUUCAUGUUUCCAGUUGUCCACCGCCAGCUGCUUUAGCUGGAAUCAAAAGAGAAAGUCCGAAGACCAUGGCAUGUUUCUGUUGAUAACAUCCUACAGUAUCUCCUUCGUCAGAGCAAUAGCACACCUUCUUAGUGCUCUUUGCAGCUACCACAUCCAGCAGACGGAAUAUGCUUUUGUAAAGAUGCGCCUCGUCACAUGGAAGAAGACGGCCACGAACGAGAUAUGCUGGCUCAACAAAAGUAUAAGGUGGCUCACAAAGAAAACAUCCCGCCAACAUCGACCCUGUGCAGGUGGAACCGACGUUACGCACCUGACGGUUGACCGGGACGGGCAAGUUCGUGAUAACCUAGGCCAACCAGUGCCGUGCCUCGAUAACGAGAGCUCCCUUUUCUAUAACGAUUCGCGAGUAGCAUCAAACGACAAGCUGAUGAACUGUUUGUACUUCCACUCUGAAUCGUCGAAAGGGAAGAAAGAAGACGUCCGAUAUUCAGGCCCGCCACCCCUGGUCGGCGCUCCACCCAUUGCCUUGGACGGCCUCCACGUAAAAUGUAGAGCUCCUGCUAAGAAGGCCGCUGAAGCAAAUCCCACGGCUUCUGUAGAAGACCCGGAUUUACAGACGUGCGCCUCUCCGAAACAGAAACGUGACUCCAACAACGUCUCAAGACAAACGACUGCUUCUAGCGCUUGAUGAGCUCCAUCGUCAAACAUAGGACAGCAACAUAGGUCUUCGAGACGACGGUGUCUGCUGCGUUCCAUAACGACGUUGGAGAUGUUGCGUCUCAUGUAUCUGAUGUCUGUGGUUCCUCAGCCAUCAAACUGUGACAUCUGCUCACCUCGGUGCGGAACUAAUCACAGAUACUGCAGGCAGUACCCAACAGGAGGGGGAGCAGCACCGGUGCUGAGCCCCAACAAUCUUCGUACGAGUUUCCUCGGUCGAGUCUCUCUGAAACAAGCUACAUUCUCGUGCCCGUCGUUGCAGUGCAUAACCAUGACAUCACCGGUGUGUUUGCUCAUAACUAUCUUUUCUCGUGACGGUGCCUUCUGUCAGAAACGCAUGGACCUUUCUGCCAGAGUAAGAGGACACGCGGUGUCGGCCGUUGAGAG